AUGCAGUCUUUACGGCACAAAUAUCAUGAACACAAAAGGUCACUCCCCCCAUAUCUGUCUCAAAUGAAGAAUCUGCUUCCCCAGGUUGGAAAAAGUCUGUAUAGUAAGAAAAAACCACCCCUAUCUUACAUAGCCUUAAUUGCAAAGGCAAUUCUUUCUUCCCCUACAAACAAAUUGAAUUUAGCUGCUAUCUACAAAUAUAUUGAAGAUAACUUUCCUUUCUACAGGAACAAAGGUCGAGGCUGGAGGAACAGUGUAAGGCACAACCUUUCACUAAAUGACUGUUUCAUCAAGGUGGGAAGAUGUGAGGAUGGCAAAGGAAACUACUGGAGUAUUCACCCAUCAAACUUAAAUGACUUUGUUCAUGGAGACUUCAGGCAACAUCGAAGGUCACGAAAGCGAGGGCGUUUAAAGGAGCUAGAGCAUUGCCUUGCUGUGAAUUAUUUCAUGCCAUGGGGACACUAUCCUUCCUAUCCAGCACCACAUUGGCUUUAUCAAACAUAUUAUUUUCUGGAUCCUAUGUGGAAAAUGCUGGAUGCUGACAGACUGCAGUUUGUGCAUGAAUAUCAAAAAUGGAAUGUAAACAGUGAUUUAAUCAUGGGGAAGUUUUCACUUCCACUACAGACUGAAAAACCACACGGCAUUUCUGUGGACUGGUUUUAUGGAUCUCCUGCUACCUCACUUAUGCAGCAGAACAUUUUCCUAAAUAUUCAACAGGGCUUCCCUAAUUCCCUUUUCUUCUCCACUCAGAAGCAGCAACAAAGUGAAGCAUUCAGACACAUCUUUUACAUAGCAAUAUGUAUGUACAUGGUUGCUUACAUAGCCAUCGAGUAUAUUGUGAUAAAAAAAAUUGAGAAGCUUCAAGAUGCCCAUGGAGCUCUCACUGGAAGCACAGAUAUAGAUAUGACAUAUAUGUAUGAGCCAGCACAUAAUGAGGUGCAACUUCUAGCCAUCGUAACUAGUAGUAAAGAUCGUUCAG